UAGUCUAUUUAAUCUGUACUUCAUUAUAGUUUUUUUUUUUGUUGAAGCGAAUUUAACAAAGAAGACGAGUCUUUUCCCAUAAUAUAGAAACUAAUAUUAUAUAAAAUUAUCUAUCAAAAUGUAUCUAAGAUAUUACUUAAAUGAAAAUGGUGAUAGACAAUACACGUUGUCGACUAUUGAUCCUCAGGGUAAACCUACUUUAUCAGCACACCCUGCUCGAUUCUCCCCAGAAGAUAAAUAUUCAAGACAAAGAAUAACAAUCAAAAAAAGAUUUGGACUAUUACUAACGCAGCAGCCAGAGCCUAUUCAUUAAUGAUAUUUAUAUAAUUUUCUCUGUGAACUAAUAAUAUAGUUACAUUCAGAAAAUCUGUGCUUAUAAUAAAAGUUUAAGUUUAAACCACA